ACACAUGUGCAACACGACUGUGAACUAGCGACACUCAAGAUGUUUAAAAACACAUUCCAGGGCGGCUUCCUGUCUAUUUUAUACAGCCUCGGCAGUAAACCUCUUGAGAAUUGGGAUAAAAAGGUGAGGAAUGGCCACAUCAAGAGAAUCACAGACAAUGACAUCCACUCACUGGUGUUGGAGGUUGAGGGGGUAAAUGUCAGUACUACAUAUAUAACACUCCCUGAAGAUCCAAAGAAGACAUUGGGCAUCAAGCUUCCUUUUCUCACUAUGAUAGUAAAGAACCUCAAGAAGUAUUUCACCUUUGAAGUCCAGGUGUUAGACGAUCAAAACGUUCGCCGGCGGUUUCGAGCGAGUAACUAUCAAAGCAUGACACGAGUGACGCCGUUUUUCUGCACCAUGCCUAUGAAGCUAGACGACGGCUGGAACCAGAUCCAGUUCAAUCUGUCUGACUUCACCAGGAGGGCCUAUGGAACCAAUUACAUCGAGACGCUGCGUGUGCAGAUCCACGCUAACUGUCGAAUACGCAGAGUGUACUUCUCAGACAGACUGUACUCGGAGGAUGAGCUCCCAGCAGAGUUUAAACUUCUCCUGCCUGUCCAGAACCAAAAAGCAAAGGUGAAACACAAACAUUCAACUACAAAAUACUGUAGACACAAAACAUCAAACCGCUCAUUACCACAAUCCAUGCAUGUGCAUUAUUUUAGUUCCAUAAAAUGAGAACCUUUCCUCUAAAACUCAUUUGUGUUUGUUUCUUGCAGCAAUAGAGAUUCUCAGCCUGCGCUGUUCCCCACGACCAGCUAUGGAGUUUAGCUGUAAGGUUUUGCGUGUGGACGUAUGAUGAAUUAAAACCUUUGAUAUUGUAUUCUUUUGAAGUACAAGAUUUGUGUUGCCUUGUGUUUCACUAUGCACAAUAACGUUUUUUAAUGGCUCAUCUGUCCUCACAGUUCUCAAUACAAACUGAUGAAUGUAUCUGCAUCGUAGUAACAUUACAUGCUUACAA